AUGUCGUCACUAAAAGGAGCACCAAGUCUCAAUCGGCCUCCACAAAAAGGUUUUUCGUACGAUGCCUUUGAUGAUUUUGAGGAUGAGGAUGAUGAUUACAUACCUCCCGUUAGCAAUGAGCUCGAAGAGAAAAAGAAGAAAAAAAAAGAAAAAAAGGAAAAAAGAAAAGAAAAGGAGCGAAAACGAGAAAAGGCUAAAAAAAAAGAGGGGCAACAUACAUCUGAUAGUGGAGGAGGAAUGAGUAAACAUUAUAGUGGAGAUACAACGAGUCAAGCAAGCCCUCGUACUGACAACAGUAAGAGAAAAGAUGAUGAUGAUGAUGAUGAUUAUGACUACGAUUUUGAUGAAGAUAUUGAGGAUAAUAAUGCUAUACAGUACUCAGAUGACUUUGAAGAUGACGUCAUUCCCGAGGUUCCAAGUGUCCCAAGUGCUAAUGUUGUAAAAGAUCAACAACGUCUAAAGGAGGAGCAAGAACGACUUGAUCGUAUUGCGGAAGAAAAACUUCGAGCCGAGCGUGAAAAGCAUGAGGAACAAAUACGACGUUGGCAAGCAGAGCAAGAACGAUCUGAGAAGGAGAUGCAACGACAACAAGAACAACUCCGUCUACAAAUGGAAGAAUUAAAGCGUGCUCAGGAAGAAAAGAUGAAGGAAAUGGAGGCAGCAGCAGCAGCGGCGGCAGCAAAAGCAGCAGCAACAGCAGCAACGACAACAAAGGGAAUGAAGAGUGGUGAUGAUCAUGCGAAUAUGGCGGGUUCUCUGGUGGGUGAAGACCCGGAGGAGGGCCAACGUGGGGCGCUUUCUGGGGCUCAGCGUCGUCGUCUGCGUGAGCGAGAGCACGCCCUGCACCUGCGCCGGCUGGAGCAAGAAGAGGCGGCGCGUGGACUCUUCCAGCGGCUCGCGCAGGACGUGCGGGAUGUCUUCCACGAGCUGAACCUCUCCGUUGUCGCGGCGGAGAAGGAGCGGCUGCUGCGGGACGAGCGCUACCGGCGGGGGCGGGAGGAACGGGACCGCCGCGAGGAGGCGGAGCGGGCGGAGCGCCUCGAAAAGGAGGCACGCGAGCGGGAGACGCGGGAGGCGCAGUUUUGGACCGCGAUGGACGAACGCGAGAGGCGCUGGCAGGCAGCCGUCGAGGCGCGGGCCGCGAAGGACGACGAGGAGCGCGAGGGACGAUGGCGCCGGGAGCGCGAAGAUCGAGAGGCUCGACAACGCGCAGACGCAGAGGCCCGCGCAGAGACGGAGCGACACGAGCGGGAACGCCGACUGCGCGAUGAUACGCACGAACGUGAACGGGACCGUGCUGUACAGCAGGCACAGUUAGAGGAUGCACGACGGCAGUAUGAAGCACAGUUAGAAGAGGCUCGACGACAGUUUGAGUUUGACCGUGCGCACGCAGCUGAAAUGCAUCGUAUGGAAAUGGAAGCCAUAGAAAAACGACACGCGGAAUCAUUGGGACAAAAUGAUAGGGUUCAUAUGCAGCAAAUAGCAUUAUUAGAGACACAUACAGGGAAUGCUUCAAAGCUUGAAAAACUCAUUGCACAGAUGCAUGAGGAUAUGGAAGCUACUAAAAAAAUGAACGUAACGCUCACAGAGGAGCGUCUUGCUUUGCUACGACAAAAGGAACAUUUGAUUGAUGAACAAAAGGCUCUUGUGGAUUCUGUACUAGAAGAACUCAAGUAUACCAAAGAAGAAUUAGAAAAGGAGCGAGCACGUGUUGCUUCUUUAUAUGCAAAGUUUGAUAUUUCACUUUCAAAUUUUACUAAAGAAGCGGCAGAAGAACGUCGACGUUCGCAAGAAUCUCAAGCACACUAUGAAACACUUCGACAACAACUUGAAAAGGAUCGAAAAAUGAUGCUUUUUGAGAUUGCUCAAGAACGUAAGGUUUUUGAACAACAAUAUGAAGAUUUCAUGGGAAAAAAAUUACAAGCUAUGGCAGAAUUACAGGAAGAAAGGAUGUCGAUUGCUAGAGAACGUACAGAAGCUGCCAUGUUACGAGAGCGUCGUAACAAUGAUGAAGCUGAUGUACUUAAAUCGCUUCGAGCUCACGAGGAGGCUUACGCAGCGAAGGUAGAAGGAAUUGAAGAAGAUCGAAUAGCUAUUAGUAACAUGAAAAUUGAGCAAAAACGUAUGUGUGAUGAGAUUACGAAAGAACGUGAAGCUUUACGAAGAGAGCGUGAAGCCUUUGAGGCGGAAAAGGGUGAUCUUCUCCGUCGCUUUGAGGAGGUACAACUUCGGGCAGUAGAGGCGAGUGCCGCACAGGAACGUAUCCGUCAUGAACUUGAGCUGCAGAACGCCGAGAAGGCCAAAAUACGUGCCGAGACAGCUGCCAGACGUGUACAGGUACACACGGAUCCUGUAGCUGUUGCAGGUGUGGCCUCACGACUGCAGAUUGAUCUCUCACGUCAGCGUGCUAUUCUGAAACGUUUGGGUCAUACAUAA